AGGCAUGGAAGGCGUCGUCGCCGAGGCCGAGCAGCCCAAAACCGAGAACGUCGAGCAGAAGGCCAUUGCUGGUACGUAUAUCCCACCAGCCUCCGCCGCGCAACAUGCCUUUUACCUCCAAGUGCCCCUGCACCAACUGCACGACAUCAUGGCCCGUCCGCAAAAUGUGUCCCAAUCACAUCAUCGCCACCAACAUGGCUUCGUGCAAGUAUCUGUACCACCGUGCUGAUCCAACGACGGUAGAUAUACGGGGCAACUUCAUCCUUCUCGAACGAGCUGUCGCCCAGUUCGAUACCCGCUUCACCCUGCGCGCCCUCCGCUCAAUAUCGUCUCUUCGCAAGAGGCUCACCGACCGCGUACUAUGCUCCGUCAUCAUUCUGACAUACUCGCCCAACAACGCUACGGCGCGCACUUUCAUCGAGUACAUUGGCAUGGACGGCGAGGCGAUACAGAACGUCGUGUCCCAGUACAAAGAGGAGGUGCAACUUAAUAAGAACAACACCAAGGAGCCGCUACCUGAGGUCGAUAUAUACAUAGCUAUUCUGAUACAGGUCUAUCUCUAUGACCAGAGCGAGUUUGACGAGGGCGCCGAGUUCUCAGAGAAGCUAUUGGACAAGAUUCGGGAACUAAACAGACGGACUCUAGAUUCGCUAGCAGCCAAGGCCUACUUCUACUUCUCUCUCUUCACGGAAGAACUAGAUCCCAAGCCCCCGUCCAAGCAGUCGCCGAUCAUCAGUAUCCGCGGAAAACUGCUUGCUGCGCUGCGAAGCUCAGUACUCAGGAAAGACCCGGACACGCAGGCGUCCGUCACCACAUUGCUCCUCCGAAACUACCUCUCCACCGCCGACAUCACACAAGCCGAUCUCCUCGUUGCGCAGACACAGUUCCCUUCCAACGCCCCCAACAACCAGGUCGCUAGAUACCUCUACUACCUCGGUCGCAUACGAGCUAUCCAGCUGUCCUACACCGAGGCACAUGAGCACCUCAUCAGUGCCACCCGCAAGUCUCCCUCAGCCCAUGUCGCAACCGGCUUUUACCAGGCUUCUAUGAAGCUACUCAUCGUUGUGGAGUUGCUGAUGGGUGACAUCCCUGAGCGUGAUGUGUUCGGUCAGCCCCGCUUGGAGCGUGCUUUGGAGCCGUAUUUCCGCUUAGUCCAAGCAGUUCGUGUUGGCGAUCUGCAGGGUUUCUUGAAGGUCGUACAAUCAUCCUCGAGCAUUUUCCACAAGGACGGCACUUACACUUUGAUCCUCCGCCUACGACAGAACGUCAUCAAGACAGGCAUCCGCAUGCUGUCGCUUUCUUACUCGCGCAUCUCCCUCCGCGAUAUUUGCAUUCGCCUUGGCCUAGAGAGUGAGGAGUCGGCCGAGUACAUUGUUGCCAAAGCUAUUCGCGACGGAGUCAUUGAAGCCUCGAUCGAUCACGAGAAGGGCUUCAUGCAGACAAAGGUGGCUGGGGACAUAUAUGCAACCCGUGAGCCUGGUGAGGCUUUCCACGAGCGCAUUCGGGCCUGUCUGACCCUGCACGAUGAGUGCGUCAAGGCGAUGCGAUACCCCAUGAACCAGCAUCGUCUGGAGUUGAAGAAUGCACAAGAAGCGAGGGAGCGAGAGCGGGAGUUGGCAAAGGAGAUCCAGGAGGGUGAUAUCGAUGAUGAUGAUGCGGCUGGUGAUUUUGAGGGUUUGUAGGUAAUACAUGAGUGAGGAGCAUUGGCGGUUGCGAUCCUUCAGCAUGUAAGAUAGCCGCUACAUCAAUGGCGAGCAUUGAUAGACCAGCUUAGUGGGUAUUGUGCAGGACCAUCUCAACGAUGCACAAAUGAGAAACUUGAUAUGAUCAUGACGACUGAAGCUUCAAUGGUAAUCCAGUUCUAUGAAGCCUGAGAUAUGAUAAUCGGAACACUCAUGCUACCAGAUGAGACCGCGAAUCCAUGUGCACAUCCCACGUCGGUUCUAACCGAUUGUAGCAAUUGUCCGUGAAUUAGCCUCCG